AUGUUUGGUAAGAGGAACCAAGAGGGAUCUCUGCAUCCUGUAAAAAACCAGUGCACCUACUGUACUGCUCCUGCAGGAGUUCUGAGGUACAGUGGGGAGUCUUAUAACUAUAACCAAGUAGAAUGUGAGUACUGUGGGGAAAAGACCAGAGAUCUGUUGAAUUUAUCAUGGAUACAGGAGCCUAAGACAUCAAAGGAAGACAAACCAAUCAAGGAGGAGCUGCUCUUCCAUGGCAGGAAGAUAGAACACCACAAUGAGUUUAUCAAUGAAUUACCAAGUGGACUAAGAGCACAAUCAAAAAUGAACAUUUACAAAGAUUACUCUGUUCCAGAUGUAGCAGAGACCUGUGAGUCCUCAGCUUCAGACUCUCUGCUGCUCUGGGAAAAGAGUGCUGGACAGUGCUACGAGGCAACACUCCUGAAAAAGUCUUGAAAAGAGGAAGAGCAGCAAGUAUUAGUCCCUUGUUGUGAUCACAAUCCAGCUCAGUUUGGCUUAUGUCAUCAUCAGGGAUUUGGGUUUCUACAGAAGUGUUACUCCAAUGGCAGGAAAUUUAUUACCAUUUUUCCUGAUGGCUCUUCCUAGGUCUUUUAUCCCUCAGGCAAUUUGGCUCUUGUUAUUGUGGUCACCGAGAGAAAUAGAAGAGUCUGCGUUGUAUUUGAAGACAGCGGUUCUUCCAGUAAACCAGUUAGAGCUGUGUUUAAGUCUGAUGGCAGAGCGGUGUGUUAUCACAGCAAUGGAAACAUAUGGCUGGCCUUAAACAGAUUAGGUGGUCCGUGUUUGACUGAUGUGAGUGCCAUGAGCCAUACUCCCACUCCCUUCCACCCCAUCUUCCUGUCCCUUAACAAAAUGGUUGGAGUCCGAGUUUUGGGAAACAAAAAGGUGUUUGUGUCCUUCUUGACAAAAGGUCAACAGACAAAGUUCAAUGUGGGUGCCUGCUGUGCUCAGGUAAAACUCAGGCAUGAAAAACCUGGUUCAGGAUCAUCAGUUCUGAAGGAGGAUCUAUUAGUGCUGGCAGCGAAGAUCAGGAUCCACAUGGCUAUCCAGCAUCUUAACCAAUGCUUGAGAAGGCAAUUCCGCCCACAGCUGUUCAAGAGCACACUUGCUCCCCACCUCUGUACUGCUGCUCAGAGACUUCUGGAAGACUGGGCUGAUGUGGUGAUGACUGACAAUGAUAGAGCCUUCAUCUAUGGUUGUCUAAAGGAUUGUUGA